AUGGCGUCCGCUUUUCUGGGACAAACGAAGAAAAACAGAAUAUAUAACUGGGCCAAAUUUCAUUCCCUUAAACCACACUCGUCUCCCCCUUCCCAUCCCACCAAACAACCAUUCGCAAAUCCCACCACCACCAUGUUUUACAUUUCAGAUAACGUCAGCGUUGUCGAUGGAUUUGUCGUGUUAACUAUUGAAAAGGAGGGUGCUUCUGUCCGCAAGGUUGUCAAGAAGUUCCACCCCAAGAGCAAGCUGUUCCUGCUGGAGGAGCGCACCAAGCUGGCCAACUACGCCCUGGUGGACCUGGACGAGUACCACACCGCCUUCCCCGGCUCCGACCUUGUCCCCGUCCCCAGCUCCCAGCUCUUCUCCGUCUGCACCACCUCCAAGAGGCUCUUCUACACCACCCCAGACGGCUUCCGCAUCGUCAACAGCAAGACCCCAGACAGACACAGACGCUGCUCCCAGGAGUACACCGUCAUCCCCGUGGUCUACAAGGACAAGCCCACCAAGUACCUCUAUCUCAGGGACGAGACCCACUCCACGCAGUACCUGCUCGCCGACGUCACAGUCGACAGGGACAUUGUGCACUCCAAGGACUCGUCCUUCUUCGAACAGGAGAUGAAUGUGGGUGAGAUCGUGUUCACCGAGAACGAUCUGUCCGUCUUGGCCGGCUUCCAGCAGUACAAGGCCCAGUUUGCAGAGGACAUCUACUCCUACUUCUCCACCAUCUACUCCGAGGUCAGGUCCAGGUACCACCGCCGUCCGUACCUGUCCUCGUUCCACCGUCCAGGCUACGGGGAGACCUUCCCCAAGGACCUGCAGAUCCCCACCAUCCAGAAGUACAGCUCCAUGGGGUCUGCCUUUCUGUUUCUGGCGGAGGUGUUUCCACAACUCUCCUUUGCCGAGGACUUUACCUGCGAACAUGAACAGAGUCCGCCCAAGUCCAUUGAUGCCAUCGCCUCGUGGUUCACUUUCAAGCUGCUACCGGGCUCUGACAACGAACUGUGGUACCUUUUGGUGCGCAUCUGCUGCUACAACUGGCAGGACACCUCCGUGGCGUACCCAGCUCUCCACACCUUGAACUCCUUUCGCCAGCUGGUCGACUCUAUCCGGGCCCUGGCCACCUACUCUGUUCUCUACCGGUUUCUCCAUGCUGGGGCCAUCCCCGGUGACUCUACUGCCGAUGAGAUCUUCUUCACUAAGAAGAGUGAGCCAUGGACCUGGACCAACGUCAUGUACCACAAGCUGACCGUGGCGUACCAGAACUACACCAAGUUCAACGUCAGGGUGUGCAAGCCAGACGCCUUGCUUAUCUCCGGCAAGAAGUUCUCCCGAUCCUACAUCAGGGAGUUUUACGCCAACGUCAAGGAACGUUUCGAGUCCAACCUCUCUGACCUGCGUCAGUAUUUCGACAAGGUCUUGUCUGUGCAGGCUGUUGCCGAUGCCACGCUGAACUCUCCCACUGCCAUCGAUGUUGCUGAGAAUAGAAUCAAAACCAAGAAUUCGCUGUUGCUGUUGAUCAACGAGACGGCUCUGGCCAAUGUUGUUCCUGAUUUCAAGCCCAAUGUCACCAUCGAUUCACAGGAGGUCGCCAGGUUAGUCGCUGAUAUGGGAGUGUGUGUCAUGUGGAUGAUCUACUUUUCUGCCACCGGGCCCUACAGGUUUCCUGAUAUGCUGAUACUGAAGUAUGCUGGUAACCAACGUAACCUGUUUGUGGACCCUGAAUCUCGCUGCCUGGACAUCAUUACUGAGUAUUCCAAAAACAGAGAGGGCAAUCCAAUGUGCAAGACCCUGGACAAGGUCACCUCAGACCACCUUUUCUACUACAUCAUAGUUGCACGUAACAUGCUGAAGCACGCCGUGGGGACCGAGUAUGCUGAUAUGAAACGGGACCUGUUCAACGAGACCAACGGUGCUGCUGAGGAGUCGUUGCUCAACGGCUACCUGGCUAGGUCCAUUGGUGACGGGAUCAGUGCUGAUGAUAUGGACCCGGUUAGGUACUCCAGAAACGUGGUUAAUUCUUUUGUCUUUGUGGACUGCACCUCCCAUUCGCUCAUGCAUUAUGCCAGGUUCUCUGCGUUCCUCAACCUCUACCCCAUGUCUGUUAACACCAUUAUGAUAGCUCGAGCAAAAAAAGGAUUGGACGCCCGGCCGAAAAACGAUAUCCCUGAGGUGCGCCUCGCUGAUAGGUGA